AUAAAUCCACAUAUGUAGAUUUACGUUUUACUCCCUUAAAGAUGAUUUUUCUGGAUGUCUGACUGGAGCAGGGAGUAAAAUAGUUGGAGAGAAAUUGAAUGGAAUAAAAUUAUAAUCGUGUGCAGAACGUGUUUCUGCCAGAUUAGCGUAUACAGGGAGAUUAAGGUUAUAGAUAAUCAUGCUGAAAGGGGAUUUGGUUGAAAGCGGCAUCGCUCGGAGAUCCUGCGCACACACACUCCACUGAGGGGGUGGAGCUGGAGAGCAGCUUCUUCCAAGCAGGUCAGCUCCACCACAUUUAAUCAGAGAACUGUUCUAUUACCCGAGUGUUUCAUUAAAUAUCCUCCUCUGACCUGCGUACAGACGCACAGGGAGCUGGGGUGAAUACAAGAGCACCACCUGCUGAUUGAAUCAAAAUUAAAAACUCCUUCCUCAUUUGGCCGGUAAGGAUGAGUCCAGGAGGGCUUUUUAGAGAGGAGUUUAAUUACAUUCAAUAAGAGAGAGAUGGAACACAAAAUCAAACAAGUUGGAAAAUCUUCAGGCAAAUCCUGGAAGUGAACAUGUUGGAGUGCUUGUAGGAAACAGCAUUGCAUACUUUAUUUUUCCCAAAAGCUGGAAAAUGGUUAAAGCAGCCAAAAAUGUCUAGCUUACUAAAAUAAAUACAGUAUUGCAACAAAAUGGCUGAAAAGGUGAAGAAGUAUUUCCAUUACAUAGAAAAUAGAAAUAGACUGAGUGAGGCUACUAACAGUGGAGUGGUUUAUAAAUUAGCAGGUCAAAACUGAGCAAAUGUGAUGAGGGAGAUACAGGGUAAGGGCAAGUUUUAUGCAUGUUUAUCUCCAGAAACAGUACAGCAAUUCAGAUCAAGGACAGGCAGCUGAGUGAGAACACAUCUGAGGUCAAACUCCUCAAGCUAUAAUAGCUGACUUGCAGGAUAACACAGCAGCCUUUAUUGCCAUCAGAUUUUGACCCAACACUGUGAAAAAGUGUUUGUCCUGUUCCUGAUUAUCUAUUUAUUUGUAUGUUUGUCACACGUAAAUGUUUUAGAUCAUCAAACAAAUUUAAAUAUUAACCAAAGAUGACACAAUUAAACACAAAAUGCAGUUUUUAAAUGAAGGUGUUUGUUAUUAAGAGGGGUAAAAUGUGAAAAAGUGAUUGCCCUCUAAACCUGGUGCUGAGCAACAACUCUAAAUGUGCCAAAGCUCCUAUUUCUGCCAGCUCUGCGAGGCCCCAGAUACAAUAUUAAAGUCAAGGGAAGAACUCUGGUUCAUAGCCACUGGUGGGCAGAAAAGUGUUUCCACUGAUGGUUGUAUUUUGUAUGUUGGCAGACAUUUCAGUAUGUUACGUCCCAGAUCUGAUACUAGAGGGAAGUAAAAGAAAACUACAUGAAAGUGAGUUUGUGACGUUGCAGAGCUCUACGUGCCGACUGCUGAGAAGAAACGAGGAUACUCUUGUGUUCUCUGCAGUUUUUAUUUUGGAGAUGUAGAGAUAUGACUUACAAACUCAAAACACUGCAAACUCCUCAACUAGCUGUAAGAAGAAAAUUUUCUGCCCAUAACACCCAAUACAAAAAUCUUUAAUCUAUACCCUGACAGCAAGAACCAGCCCAGAACUCCACCUUAUCCUAAAAGAGCAAAAUCACAGCAGUUUUCAGCCUCAGACUUGAUGUUAGAGAAGAGCAAAAAAAUUGCACAAUUAACUCAACGAAAGGAAAAUAAAGCCGCUGUGCUUUCCACUAUCGUACUGUCUCUUUUCAUAAAGGGGAAAUUGACAUGUUUGAAAAGAUUUCCAUAAACUAACACUGCUUCACCAUUUGUUUAAAAACAGCAGCACAACUCCAAAAUGAUGUUAACACAUCUACUGGACUGUGAAAUGUAGAAGAUUUAGGGAAAGGAUUAUAUUACAUCAGGGUUAGUAAUUCUUUGUGUCCAUCAUUAUGCUUUUAUAUUGAAAAGGUCCUUAUGAGUCACACUGUGGGUUACUCUCGAGGGAGGAAGGAUUUAGGAUUCAUCUACAGGAAUCCACAGAAAAAGAAAAUGAUAUCUAUAAAAAAAUGAAACUGAGUUCUUUAAGUUUGUGAUUUCGUUAUGACCCAGUUAUUUAAUAGUUUUAAGUGUGAGAGAGGUCAGCUAUUCUAUUCCUGAUUUCCUUAUCCAAAUCUCCUCCCUCCAACACUAUAAACAGCCCAGCUUUCCAUCCUUAAAAAGAAACAUUUUAUGUUGGUAAUGUUAUGAUGAAUCAUCCCGUGUAUCUCUUUUGGUAGAAACAUUGUAUGAAGAUGAUUGUUGCAAAUUAAUAUCCAGCUGAGUGGACAUAAUGUAUGUCGUCAGCAGAGGAAAAAGGUUAACUUUUCCGCUUCUGAUAAUCAUUCCCACAAGAUGUAAAAUCAGCUUUCUUGAGUCCCAGCCAAUCACUGUUUAAAUCACUUUAAACGCUCUCCUUUGUGAUGUACCUUUUCAAGGCUCGUUGUGUGGUUUUAUGUGUUGUUGCAUAUUUUACAGCAUUAGGAUCUUUGGGAAAUUAUGACCACACAGCCUCAGGUCAAUGACGUUGCAAGGGGCAAGCAACGCCGAGAAAUUUGAUUAUGUCAUGAACUUCAUGAACAAGCUGGCAGGAAACGAGUAUGUGGGCUUCAGCAAUGCCACUUUCCAGUCAGAGCGUGAGUCUGGAGACAGAAACUUCGCCAUUGGCUACUACCUGAAGGAGAAGAAGUGUUUUCCAGAGGGGACAGACAUGACGUCCAUCCUGGACUUCUACUUCCAGUUGUGCUCCAUCGAGGUGACCUGUGAGAGUGCCAGCGUUAUGGCGGCAACUCUAGCCAACGGCGGUUUCUGUCCAAUCACGGGCGAGCGUGUGCUGAGCCCUGAGUCUGUGCGAAACACCCUGAGUCUGAUGCACUCCUGCGGCAUGUAUGACUUCUCGGGACAGUUCGCUUUUCACGUUGGUCUGCCGGCUAAAUCGGGUGUGGCUGGCGGGAUCCUGCUGGUCGUUCCCAACGUGAUGGGCAUCAUGUGUUGGUCUCCUCCACUCGACAAGCUGGGUAACAGCGUCAGAGGCAUCCAGUUCUGCACGGAUUUGGUUUCCCUGUGUAACUUCCACAACUACGACAACCUGAGGCACUUUGCAAAGAAGCUGGAUCCUCGCAGGGAGGGAGGAGACCAGAGGGUGAAGUCUGUGAUCAACCUGCUGUUUGCUGCUUACACAGGAGACGUCUCAGCUCUCAGGAGGUUUGCGCUGUCCUCCAUGGACAUGGAGCAGAGGGACUACGACUCGAGGACAGCGCUGCACGUGGCCGCCGCUGAAGGACAUGCUGAGGUGGUCCGCUUCCUGCUGGAGGCCUGCAAGGUCAACCCAGUUCCCAAAGACAGGUGGGGGAACACGCCGAUGGAUGAGGCCGUGCACUUCGGCCACCAUGACGUCGUCACCAUCCUCCGCGAUUAUCACAAUCAGUACACCCAUCAGGAAGGCAGCACGGCCAAGAAGAACGAAGAGAACCUGGACGGGAUGCUGUGAUGGAGAAUGCGCUGCUCAGGUGUGUGAGGCCGGGCGCUUGCCUCCGCCGGCGAGGGGAAGAGAUCAGGCGGUGCUUUAGACAAAAAACUGGAAAGAUUGCAAGUAGACUCAUCGCUGAAAUAACUGAAAACAAACCUUUACAGUAUCUGUUAGCGCAGCAGCCGCCUCCCUCCGAGUGUAAAUGCUCGUCAUCAUGUUCUCUUUAGGUGUCGUUGGGUUUUUGUAUCGCGUGUGUGUACUCUGAGUGUGGAAGUACUCUUAUUUUCUGUGUUUCAGCUUUUACGUUGACGGUUCUUUUUAUUCUGAACAUCAGCAACAGGAAGCAGCAGCUGUAUAAAACCUUUGUUAUGGAAUGUAACUCCUCCCCCCCAAACACUUUUUGAUGUGCGUUUGUGAUAAUCGAUGUAAGAUAAACUGUACAUUACUGUAGUGUUUGUGUAUAUUAACCGAGGACGGCGAGUCUCUGUAAAUAGGUGUAAAAAAUGUGUAGUCGAUCGGUCUCUUGUGGUGAUUGGUUCAGAUUUGAUGACAGUGUGUGUUUCAGUCAAACUUUUGGAAAGUAUUUGAACCAUAAAAUUAUUAUUCUUCUUUUUUUUUGGUAAGCAGCUUUUUAAUGUGGCGACAGAUGAGUUAAAAGAUUUUUUGUUUUUAUUGUUGUUGUUUUUCCACUAAAACUGGAAUUUUUCACCCUUCUUUUCUUUUAUUUACUAUUUAUUUCGGGUUUAUUAUUUUUGUAAAGUGGUAAUAACGUAAAGCAAGCCAGCCAAAGUUCAGUUCGUACUUCGUCUCCUGACCAUUGAAAGCGUUUCUGCAUAUCAGACGCGACACUGCCAGCGCUCCUGCAGGAAGAGUGAAUGACUGUAAACAUGCAAGAAAAUGUUUUUCUUACACUUUGUCUUAGUUUAAAGAAGUCACAGCAGAAAAUGGAUGCACUCAGCAAUGGAGAUAUUUCAAUACUUUUAUUUUGAAAGUCUGUCUAGUGUAUUUCAGUAUGUGGCAUAAACAGUGAGUUGAUUGGUCCCUGUGAGUUGCUUUAAAGUAACUAAGGAGUACUGUGAAAGUUGCUACUACUACUCUUACUAUUCUAGUUAUUAUCACAAAUCCUUUAGUGGCAUUGUUUGAAAACAGAAAGCGUCACAUUUUAAUCAGUUUAAACAUUUUAAGGUCUUGCUAAUGGAGACCUAGAGACUUGUCGCUGAGUUGAAAUUGGUUGCAAAGAACGUGUUGCUCUGAUAGCCAGCAGGUUGCUGUGAUCGCCUGUUGUUGGCAUCGAAGAUGCCGACCGGUCUGCAGAGGUCCAUUCUUCAUAAUUUCUCUACCACUCAGUGAGCAGUUGGCAAGUGUUAGACAAGUUGGAGUCUUCCAUACAAACUGCACAAAUGCAGCAGCCUGUUAGCCACUAAAGCGAGGUGUUUGCUACACUAGUCUUUGUAACCGACCUUAAAAUGAAUACGUAUGUUUCCCUAGCAACCUGUACGUUCUCUAGGAUUAAGAUAACACAGAGCAACUCGACAGUUUCACCUUACUUUUCUUUUGACUUUAUAUAUCAUCUGUAUAUCUUAUAGAUGGUUCUUAAUCUUUCUCCUCAUUGAACUUCUUUUUAAAACUUUAUUGGUAAUUCUACCAGUGUCUGAGGACAGCCUCUGUAGUUUCUAGGCACAAAUUGUAAAAUCCCCCCAAACAACAUUUAAAUGCAGUGUUAUUUAAAUGAAGAAUUAAAAGAAUCUGCUUGAGUACUUUUUUUUUUUCUUUCCUGCUGUAGACGUGAAAAUUCCACAUGUAAAUCCUCGGAUCUACAUCUUAAUUAAUCCUGCAUUUUAAGCUAGUUAAAGUUGGAAUUAAAAACAUUCAGCAUUCGUUUAAUAACCAGUGAACUGCUUCCUUUGUUGGCCCUCUCAUUUUCUGCUGUUCAAAUUUAAAGGCUUUUAUUUUGAAGGCGCAGUCAUACUUGAAAAGCAGAUGUGUUUUUGUGUGUCUGAAGCGUGUUUGACUGUUUUUACUUCUUUUUGAGCAAACAAACUGAACAAGACAGUCUGUAACGUAAUCCACAACUUAGAAAAUCCACAAAAACAGUUUUUGUUUUUUUCCUCAGGUUUGGAUCAGUUCAUACAGUUUACAUUUCAAAUUAAAAAAGGAACUUAAAGGAAGCACAAAACGCCAAUAUUUUUGACAGUAGUAGCAAUAGAGAUGACGUGAUUGUAGGAUGAGGUGAAUUGAUCCAAAUCAAAGUCCAGAGUAUUCUGAAUGUAACGUGUUUGGUGUUGUUCUGUUUCUUCUUCAUGUGUAUGUAAAGCUGCUGCAGCUCACUGAGCAACUGCAGGCGGCCCAGAUAUUUAUUCACAGAAUAAAAACACGGAAAAACCA